AUGGCCGACGCACCUCGAGGAGGCGCUGCAGGAGGCGCAGGGCGGGGAGGCUUCGGCUCCCGCGGCGAUCGAGGUGGUGAUCGUGGGCGAGGACGUGGACGACGAGGACCCCGUCGAGGAGGCGCAAAAUCCGAGGAGAAGGAGUGGCAGCCAGUCACAAAGCUGGGUAGACUCGUGAAAGCCGGCAAGAUCACAAGCAUGGAGCAGAUCUACCUUCACUCCCUGCCGAUCAAGGAAUAUCAGAUCGUGGAUUGGUUCCUACCAAAGUUGAAGGAUGAAGUCAUGAAGAUUAAACCUGUGCAAAAGCAAACACGUGCCGGUCAACGUACUCGUUUCAAGGCCAUCGUGGUUAUUGGAGACUCGGAAGGCCACGUGGGUCUGGGUAUCAAGACUUCCAAAGAAGUCGCAACCGCAAUCCGUGCUGCAAUUAUCAUCGCCAAACUCUCAGUCCUGCCUAUCCGAAGAGGCUAUUGGGGUACGAACCUUGGUGCGCCGCACAGCUUGCCUACCAAGCAGAGUGGAAAAUGCGGCAGUGUCACUGUCAGGCUUAUUCCUGCUCCCCGUGGUACCGGUCUCGUCGCAUCCCCAGCCGUCAAACGCCUUCUCCAGCUUGCGGGAGUGGAAGACGCGUACACAUCGUCCGCUGGUAGUACCAAGACUCUUGAGAACACGCUGAAAGCUACCUUCGUGGCAGUCGGCAACAGCUAUGGCUUCCUGACACCGAAUCUGUGGAAGGAGACGAAGCUGGGAAGGAAUCCGCUGGAGGAGUUUGCUGACGUGCUGAGAGAGGGCAAGAGGUACUAG